GAAUAUCAUAUGUUUCGUCAUUUAAAUUUUGUUAAUAAUGGCGUAUUGUUCUCUCAAGGUUUUGUUUGGUGUUGUGCUCUAUGCCUUUGCGUUCCAACAUUGCUACGCUGAUGCAAACUCAACACUGAUUGUAAAUGCUGCUUCCAAUAAUGCAACUGCAAGGCAAAUUCCUAACACUUUUCUUGGAGUAUUCGUUGAGGAGAUUAAUCAUGCUGGCGCAGGGGGACUGUGGGCUGAACUUGUUAUCAAUAGAGGCUUUGAAGCUGGAGGCCCAAACAAUGCCUUAAAUGUUUAUAAUUGGUCUAUUAUUGGAGAUGAAUCAUCCAUUUCGGUAUCAAUUAGCCGUACCUCUUGCUUUGAGCGCAAUAAAGCUGCAUUGCAAAUGGAGGUGUAUUGUGGUGCUCACAAACCUUGCCCAUAUGGUGUUGGUAUCUCUAACCCUGGUUAUUGGGGCAUGAAUAUUGAGCAAGGGAAGAGGUAUAAGGUGGUCUAUCAUGUUAAAUCAGAAAGAAAGUUUGAUUUUCAACUGUCAUUCACGGGUGUUGAUGUUAUAAAAGUGGCAUCUAGUAGAAGACAUGUUUAUGGAGAUGGAAAAUGGAAAAGGGUGGAGACAAUAGUGGAAGCAAAAACUACUAAUCACUAUUCAAGUCUUCAAAUAACCACAACAAGAGAAGGGAGUUACUUGUUAGACCAAGUGUCAGUUAUGCCAUUGGACACUUACAUGGGUCAUGGCUUCCGAAAUGACCUUUUUCAAAUGGUGGCAGAUUUGAAACCAAAAUUUCUCAGAUUUCCAGGUGGUUGUUAUGUUGAAGGAAAUUAUCUGAGAAACCGAUUUCAAUGGAAAGAUACUAUUGGACCAUGGGAGGAGAGACCUGGGCACCUUGGUGAUGUUUGGAACUAUUGGAGUGAUGAUGGAAUUGGUUUUUUUGAGUAUCUCCUGCUAGCAGAGGACCUUGGGGCAUUGCCGAUAUGGGUGUUUAACGCUGGUUUCGGCCUUAAUGAUGAAAUUGAUACAUCAUCCAUAGAAUCCUAUGUGCAAGACGCCCUCGAUGGCAUUGAAUUUGCAAGAGGCUCUCCUACAUCACAAUGGGGUUCUGUUAGAGCUGCAAUGGGACAUCCUACCCCAUUUGACUUGAGAUAUGUUGCUGUUGGAAAUGAAAAUUGUUGGCAAACUUAUUUUAAUUAUCAAGGAAACUACCUUAAGUUCUAUGAGGCUAUAAAAGCUGCCUACCCAGAUAUUCAAAUUAUCUCAAAUUGUGAUGCUUCCAGAAAACCAUUAAAUCACCCGGCUGAUUUGUUCGAUUUUCAUACAUAUCCAAGCUCCAAUGACAUGUUUUCUCUGUUUACUAAGUUCGACAACACAUCACGAUCUGGUCCAAAGGCUUUUGUUAGUGAAUACGCUGUGAAAAGUGAUGCUGCAAACGGAAAUCUCUUGGCUGCUGUGGCUGAAGCCGCAUUUCUUAUUGGACUAGAAAAGAACAGUGAUAUUGUGGAGAUGGUUUCUUAUGCACCACUUUUCUUAAAUAUAAAUGACAAGAGAUGGAUUCCCGAUGCAAUUGUGUUCGACUCUUAUCAGGUUUAUGGAACUCCUAGCUAUUGGGUGCAGAAACUUUUUAUUGAAUCCAGUGGAGCAACAUUUAUUGACUCGACACUCAGUACAACUUCAUCUAAUAAACUUGCUGCAUCUGUAAUUAUUUGGCAAGAUUCUUCAGAUAAGAAAAAUUACCUAAGAAUAAAGGCAGUAAACUUUGGAGCAGCCGCUGAGAGUCUUGACAUUGAUUUAAGUGGGUUGGACUCAAAUGUGCAACAAUAUGGUUCUACAAUAACAGUGCUUACAUCAACCAACGUAAUGGAUGAAAAUUCAUUCUUGGAGCCGAAGAAGGUGGUGCCACAAACAAGUCCAUUGGAGAUUGAUGACAAACACCUGAUUGUUCUUCUCCCUUCCUAUUCAGUGAUAUCAUUGGAUUUUUUAAUAUGAUUAGAAUCUAGUUUUACAGCAUAGGAAUAAUGUCUCUAAAAUAAAAAUGAAGACAAAUAUUAAGGAGAUUGAUUGUGCCUUUUUUAUAUCAUCAAGAAAUGUAAUAUAUUGUGGGUGGAUAAAAAUCUAGCAAAUGUAGCACUUCUCUUUCUAGCGCCCAAAUUGUGCUGCCUACAAUGACAAGACCAACUCACCUGCAUAGAGUAUAGCUGAACUGGUGAAGGUUCAGUAGAAAAUAGAUACAGAUAGCUAGUGAGAGUAGAACCUUAGUGUCAAUGUCAUUGAUGCUUAAUUGGCAACGAUGUACCAUUUAUGACAAUCAUAAUGAAAUCAAUGUCAUGAGAUAUUGUUUUAAUCACAAGGAUUUAUAAAACCUAUGGUACUGUAUA